AUGGCCCCUCGCUCACUUCCUUCCCUCAGCCAUGGCCCCUCGCUCACUUCCUUCCCUCAGCCAUGGCCCCUCGCUCACUUCCCUCAGCCGCCGUGGCCCCUCGCUCACUUCCUUCCCUCAGCCGUGGCCCCUCGCUCACUUCCUUCCCUCAGCCAUGGCCCCUCGCUCACUUCCUUCCCUCAGCCAUGGCCCCUCGCUCACUUCCUUCCCUCAGCCGUGGCCCCUCGCUCACUUCCUUCCUUCCCUCAGCCGUGGCCCCUCGCUCACUUCCUUCCCUCAGCCGUGGCCCCUGGCUCACUUCCUUCCCUCAGCCGUGGCCCCUCGCUCACUUCCUUCCUUCCCUCAGCCAUGGCCCCUCGCUCACUUCCUUCUCUCAGCCAUGGCCCCUCGCUCACUUCCUUCCCUCAGCCGUGGCCCCUCGCUCACUUCCUUCCCUCAGCCGUGGCCCCUCGCUCACUUCCUUCCCUCAGCCGUGGCCCCUCGCUCACUUCCUUCCCUCAGCCGUGGCCCCUCGCUCACUUCCUUCCCUCAGCCGUGGCCCCUCGCUCACUUCCUUCCCUCAGCCGCCAUGGCCCCUCGCUCACUUCCUUCCCUCAGCCGUGGCCCCUCGCUCACUUCCUUCCCUCAGCCAUGGCCCCUCGCUCACUUCCUUCCCUCAGCCGUGGCCCCUCGCUCACUAUCUUCCCUCAGCCGUGGCCCCUCGCUGACUUCCUUCCUUCCCUCAGCCAUGGCCCCUCGCUCACUUCCUUCCCUCAGCCGUGGCCCCUCGCUCACUUCCUUCCUUCCCUCAGCCGUGGCCCCUCGCUCACUUCCUCCCCUCAGCCGCCGUGGCCCCUCGCUCACUUCCUUCCCUCAGCCGUGGCCCCUCGCUCACUUCCUUCCCUCAGCCAUGGCCCCUCGCUCACUUCCUUCCCCCAGCCGUGGCCCCUCGCUCACUUCCUUCCCUCAGCCAUGGCCCCUCGCUCACUUCCUUCCCUCAGCCGUGGCCUCUCGCUUACUUCCUUCCCUCAGCCGUGGCCCCUCGCUCACUUCCUUCCCUCAGCCGCCGUGGCCCCGCGCUCACUUCCUUCCCUCAGCCGUGGCCCCUCGCUCACUUCCCUCCCUCAGCCGUGGCCCCUCGCUCACUUCCUUCCCUCAGCCGUGGCCCCUCGCUCACUUCCUUCCCUCAGCCGUGGCCCCUCGCUCACUUCCUUCCUUCCCUCAGCCGUGGCCCCUUGCUCACUUCCUUCCCUCAGCCGUGGCCCCUCGCUCACUUCCUUCCUUCCCUCAGCCGUGGCCCCUCGCUCACUUCCUUCCUUCCCUCAGCCGUGGCCCCUCGCUCACUUCCUUCCUUCCUUCAGCCGUGGCCCCUCGCUCACUUCCUUCCUUCCCUCAGCCGUGGCCCCUGGCUCAUUUCCUUCCCUCAGCCGUGGCCCCUCGCUCACUUCCUUCCCUCAGCCGUGGCCCCUCUCUCACUUCCUUCCCUCAGCCAUGGCCCCUCGCUCACUUCCUUCCCUCAGCCAUGGCCUCUCGCUCACUUCCUUCCCUCAGCCGUGGCCCCUCGCUCACUUCCUUCCCUCAGCCGCCGUGGCCCCUCGCUCACUUCCUUCCCUCAGCCGUGGCCCCUCGCUCACUUCCUUCCCUCAGCCGUGGCCCCUCGCUCACUUCCUUCCCUCAGCCGUGGCCCCUCGCUCACUUCCUUCCCUCAGCCGUGGCCCCUCGCUCACUUCCUUCCUUCCCUCAGCCGUGGCCACUCGCUCACUUCCUUCCCUCAGCCGUGGCCCCUCGCUCACUUCCUUCCUUCCCUCAGCCGUGGCCCCUCGCUCACUUCCUUCCUUCCCUCAGCCGUGGCCCCUCGCUCACUUCCUUCCUUCCCUCAGCCGUGGCCCCUCGCUCACUUCCUUCCUUCCCUCAGCCGUGGCCCCUCGCUCACUUCCUUCCUUCCCUCAGCCGUGGCCCCUCGCUCACUUCCUUCCUUCCCUCAGCCGUGGCCCCUGGCUCAUUUCCUUCCCUCAGCCGCCAUGGCCCCUCGCUCACUUCCUUCCCUCAGCCGCCAUGGCCCCUCGCUCACUUCCUUCCCUCAGCCGUGGCCCCUCGCUCACUUCCUUCCUUCCCUCAGCCGUGGCCCCUCGCUCACUUCCUCCCCUCAGCCGCCGUGGCCCCUCGCUCACUUCCUUCCCUCAGCCGUGGCCCCUCGCUCACUUCCUCCCCUCAGCCGCCGUGGCCCCUCGCUCACUUCCUUCCCUCAGCCAUGGCCCCUCGCUCACUUCCUUCCCCCAGCCGUGGCCCCUCGCUCACUUCCUUCCCUCAGCCAUGGCCCCUCGCUCACUUCCUUCCCUCAGCCGUGGCCUCUCGCUCACUUCCUUCCCUCAGCCGUGGCCCCUCGCUCACUUCCUUCCCUCAGCCGCCGUGGCCCCUCGCUCACUUCCUUCCCUCAGCCGUGGCCCCUCGCUCACUUCCUUCCCUCAGCCGUGGCCCCUCGCUCACUUCCUUCCCUCAGCCGUGGCCCCUCGCUCACUUCCUUCCCUCAGCCGUGGCCCCUCGCUCACUUCCUUCCUUCCCUCAGCCGUGGCCCCUUGCUCACUUCCUUCCCUCAGCCGUGGCCCCUCGCUCACUUCCUUCCUUCCCUCAGCCGUGGCCCCUCGCUCACUUCCUUCCUUCCCUCAGCCGUGGCCCCUCGCUCACUUCCUUCCUUCCCUCAGCCGUGGCCCCUCGCUCACUUCCUUCCUUCCCUCAGCCGUGGCCCCUGGCUCAUUUCCUUCCCUCAGCCGUGGCCCCUCGUUCACUUCCUUCCCUCAGCCGCCAUGGCCCCUCGCUCACUUCCUUCCCACAGCCGUGGCCCCUCGCUCACUUCCUUCCUUCCCUCAGCCGCCGUGGCCCCUCGCUCACUUCCUUCCCUCAGCCGUGGCCCCUCUCUCACUUCCUUCCCUCAGCCAUGGCCCCUCGCUCACUUCCUUCCCUCAGCCAUGGCCUCUCGCUCACUUCCUUCCCUCAGGCGUGGCCCCUCGCUCACUUCCUUCCCUCAGCCGCCGUGGCCCCUCGCUCACUUCCUUACCUCAGCCGUGGCCCCUCGCUCACUUCCUUCCUUCCCUCAGCCGUGGCCCCUCGCUCACUUCCUUCCUUCCCUCAGCCGUGGCCCCUCGCUCACUUCCUUCCUUCCCUCAGCCGUGGCCCCUCGCUCACUUCCUUCCUUCCCUCAGCCGUGGCCCCUCGCUCACUUCCUUCCUUCCCUCAGCCGUGGCCCCUCGCUCACUUCCUUCCUUCCCUCAGCCGUGGCCCCUGGCUCAUUUCCUUCCCUCAGCCGCCAUGGCCCCUCGCUCACUUCCUUCCCUCAGCCGUGGCCCCUCGCUCACUUCCUUCCUUCCCUCAGCCGCCGUGGCCCCUCGCUCACUUCCUUCCCUCAGCCGUGGCCCCUCGCUCACUUCCUUCCCUCAGCCAUGGCCCCUCGCUCACUUCCUUCCCUCAGCCGUGGCCCCUCUCUCACUUCCUUCCCUCAGCCAUGGCCCCUCGCUCCCUUCCUUCCCUCAGCCAUGGCCUCUCGCUCACUUCCUUCCCUCAGCCGUGGCCCCUCGCUCACUUCCUUCCCUCAGCCGCCAUGGCCCCUCGCUCACUUCCUUCCCUCAGCCGCCAUGGCCCCUCGCUCACUUCCUUCCCUCAGCCGUGGCCCCUCGCUCACUUCCUUCCUUCCCUCAGCCGUGGCCCCUCGCUCACUUCCUCCCCUCAGCCGCCGUGGCCCCUCGCUCACUUCCUUCCCUCAGCCGUGGCCCCUCGCUCACUUCCUUCCCUCAGCCGUGGCCCCUCGCUCACUUCCUUCCCUCAGCCGUGGCCCCUCGCUCACUUCCUUCCCUCAGCCGUGGCCCCUCGCUCACUUCCUUCCCUCAGCCGUGGCCCCUCGCUCACUUCCUUCCCUCAGCCGUGGCCCCUCGCUCACUUCCUUCCUUCCCUCAGCCGUGGCCCCUUGCUCACUUCCUUCCCUCAGCCGUGGCCCCUCGCUCACUUCCUUCCUUCCCUCAGCCGUGGCCCCUCGCUCACUUCCUUCCUUCCCUCAGCCGUGGCCCCGCGCUCACUUCCUUCCUUCCCUCAGCCGUGGCCCCUCGCUCACUUCCUUCCUUCCCUCAGCCGUGGCCCCUGGCUCAUUUCCUUCCCUCAGCCGUGGCCCCUUGCUCACUUCCUUCCCUCAGCCGCCAUGGCCCCUCGCUCACUUCCUUCCCACAGCCGUGGCCCCUCGCUCACUUCCUUCCUUCCCUCAGCCGCCGUGGCCCCUCGCUCACUUCCUUCCCUCAGCCGUGGCCUCUCGCUCACUUCCUUCCCUCAGCCGUGGCCCCUCGCUCACUUCCUUCCCUCAGCCGCCGUGGCCCCUCGCUCACUUCCUUCCCUCAGCCGUGGCCCCUCGCUCACUUCCUUCCCUCAGCCGUGGCCCCUCGCUCACUUCCUUCCCUCAGCCGUGGCCCCUCGCUCACUUCCUUCCCUCAGCCGUGGCCCCUCGCUCACUUCCUUCCUUCCCUCAGCCGUGGCCACUCGCUCACUUCCUUCCCUCAGCCGUGGCCCCUCGCUCACUUCCUUCCUUCCCUCAGCCGUGGCCCCUCGCUCACUUCCUUCCUUCCCUCAGCCGUGGUCCCUCGCUCACUUCCUUCCUUCCCUCAGCCGUGGCCCCUCGCUCACUUCCUUCCUUCCCUCAGCCGUGAGCCCUCGCUCACUUCCUUCCUUCCCUCAGCCGUGGCCCCUGGCUCAUUUCCUUCCCUCAGCCGCCAUGGCCCCUCGCUCACUUCCUUCCCUCAGCCGCCAUGGCCCCUCGCUCACUUCCUUCCCUCAGCCGUGGCCCCUCGCUCACUUCCUUCCUUCCCUCAGCCGCCGUGGCCCCUCGCUCACUUCCUUCCCUCAGCCGUGGCCCCUCGCUCACUUCCUUCCCUCAGCCAUGGCCCCUCGCUCACUUCCUUCCCUCAGCCGUGGCCCCUCUCUCACUUCCUUCCCUCAGCCAUGGCCCCUCGCUCCCUUCCUUCCCUCAGCCAUGGCCUCUCGCUCACUUCCUUCCCUCAGCCGUGGCCCCUCGCUCACUUCCUUCCCUCAGCCGCCAUGGCCCCUCGCUCACUUCCUUCCCUCAGCCGCCAUGGCCCCUCGCUCACUUCCUUCCCUCAGCCGUGGCCCCUCGCUCACUUCCUUCCUUCCCUCAGCCGUGGCCCCUCGCUCACUUCCUCCCCUCAGCCGCCGUGGCCCCUCGCUCACUUCCUUCCCUCAGCCGUGGCCCCUCGCUCACUUCCUUCCCUCAGCCGUGGCCCCUCGCUCACUUCCUUCCCUCAGCCGUGGCCCCUCGCUCACUUCCUUCCCUCAGCCGUGGCCCCUCGCUCACUUCCUUCCCUCAGCCGUGGCCCCUCGCUCACUUCCUUCCCUCAGCCGUGGCCCCUCGCUCACUUCCUUCCUUCCCUCAGCCGUGGCCCCUUGCUCACUUCCUUCCCUCAGCCGUGGCCCCUCGCUCACUUCCUUCCUUCCCUCAGCCGUGGCCCCUCGCUCACUUCCUUCCUUCCCUCAGCCGUGGCCCCGCGCUCACUUCCUUCCUUCCCUCAGCCGUGGCCCCUCGCUCACUUCCUUCCUUCCCUCAGCCGUGGCCCCUGGCUCAUUUCCUUCCCUCAGCCGUGGCCCCUUGCUCACUUCCUUCCCUCAGCCGCCAUGGCCCCUCGCUCACUUCCUUCCCACAGCCGUGGCCCCCUCGCUCACUUCCUUCCUUCCCUCAGCCGCCGUGGCCCCUCGCUCACUUCCUUCCCUCAGCCGUGGCCUCUCGCUCACUUCCUUCCCUCAGCCGUGGCCCCUCGCUCACUUCCUUCCCUCAGCCGCCGUGGCCCCUCGCUCACUUCCUUCCCUCAGCCGUGGCCCCUCGCUCACUUCCUUCCCUCAGCCGUGGCCCCUCGCUCACUUCCUUCCCUCAGCCGUGGCCCCUCGCUCACUUCCUUCCCUCAGCCGUGGCCCCUCGCUCACUUCCUUCCUUCCCUCAGCCGUGGCCACUCGCUCACUUCCUUCCCUCAGCCGUGGCCCCUCGCUCACUUCCUUCCUUCCCUCAGCCGUGGCCCCUCGCUCACUUCCUUCCUUCCCUCAGCCGUGGUCCCUCGCUCACUUCCUUCCUUCCCUCAGCCGUGGCCCCUCGCUCACUUCCUUCCUUCCCUCAGCCGUGAGCCCUCGCUCACUUCCUUCCUUCCCUCAGCCGUGGCCCCUGGCUCAUUUCCUUCCCUCAGCCGCCAUGGCCCCUCGCUCACUUCCUUCCCUCAGCCGCCAUGGCCCCUCGCUCACUUCCUUCCCUCAGCCGUGGCCCCUCGCUCACUUCCUUCCUUCCCUCAGCCGCCGUGGCCCCUCGCUCACUUCCUUCCCUCAGCCGUGGCCCCUCGCUCACUUCCUUCCCUCAGCCAUGGCCCCUCGCUCACUUCCUUCCCUCAGCCGUGGCCCCUCUCUCACUUCCUUCCCUCAGCCAUGGCCCCUCGCUCCCUUCCUUCCCUCAGCCAUGGCCUCUCGCUCACUUCCUUCCCUCAGCCGUGGCCCCUCGCUCACUUCCUUCCCUCAGCCGCCGUGGCCCCUCGCUCACUUCCUUCCUUCCCUCAGCCGCCGUGGCCCCUCGCUCACUUCCUUCCCUCAGCCGUGGCCCCUCGCUCACUUCCUUCCCUCAGCCAUGGCCCCUCGCUCACUUCCUUCCCUCAGCCGUGGCCCCUCUCUCACUUCCUUCCCUCAGCCAUGGCCCCUCGCUCACUUCCUUCCCUCAGCCAUGGCCUCUCGCUCACUUCCUUCCCUCAGCCGUGGCCCCUCGCUCACUUCCUUCCCUCAGCCGCCGUGGCCCCUCGCUCACUCCUUCCUUCCCUCAGCCGUGGCCCCUCGCUCACUUCCUUCCCUCAGCCGUGGCCCCUCGCUCACUUCCUUCCCUCAGCCGUGGCUCUCCCCCUCGCUCACUUCCUUCCCCUCAGCCGUGGCCCCUCGCUCACUUCCUUCCUUCCCUCAGCCGUGGCCCCUCGCUCACUUCCUUCCCUCAGCCGUGGCCCCUCGCUCACUUCCUUCCUUCCCUCAGCCGUGGCCCCUCGCUCACUUCCUUCCUUCCCAGCCGUGGCCCCUCGCUCACUUCCUUCCUUCCCUCAGCCGUGGCCCCUCGCUCACUUCCUUCCUUCCCUCAGCCGUGGCCCCUCGCUCACUUCCUUCCUUCCCUCAGCCGUGGCCCCUCGCUCACUUCCUUCCCUCAGCCGUGGCCCCUCGCUCUCCUUCCUUCCCUCAGCCAUGGCCCCUCGCUCACUUCCUUCCCUCAGCGCCGUGGCCCCUCGCUCACUUCCUUCCCUCAGCCGUGGCCCCUCGCUCACUUCCUUCCCUCAGCCGCCGUGGCCCCUCGCUCACUUCCUUCCCUCAGCCGUGGCCCCUCGCUCACUUCCUUCCCUCAGCCGUGGCCCCUCGCUCACUUCCUUCCCUCAGCCGUGGCCCCUCGCUCACUUCCUUCCCUCAGCCGUGGCCCCUCGCUCACUUCCUUCCUUCCCUCAGCCGUGGCCACUCGCUCACUUCCUUCCCUCAGCCGUGGCCCCUCGCUCACUUCCUUCCUUCCCUCAACCGUGGCCCCUCGCUCACUUCCUUCCUUCCCUCAGCCGUGGCCCCUCGCUCACUUCCUUCCUUCCCUCAGCCCCGUGGCCCCUCGCUCACUUCCUUCCUUCCCUCAGCCGUGGCCCCUCGCUCACUUCCUUCCUUCCCUCAGCCGUGGCCCCUCGCUCACUUCCUUCCCUCAGCCGUGGCCCCUCGCUCACUUCCUUCCUUCCCUCAGCCGUGGCCCCUCGCUCACUUCCUUCCUUCCCUCAGCCGUGGCUCCUCGCUCACUUCCUUCCCUCCCUCAGCCGUGGCCCCUCGCUCACUUCCUUCCUUCCCUCAGCCGUGGCCCCUCGCUCACUUCCUUCCUUCCCUCAGCCGUGGCCCCUGGCUCACUUCCUUCCCUCAGCCGUGGCCCCUCGCUCACUUCCUUCCCUCAGCCGCCAUGGCCCCUCGCUCACUUCCUUCCCUCAGCCGCCGUGGCCCAUGGCUCACUUCCUUCCCUCAGCCGCCGUGGCCCAUGGCUCACUUCCUUCCCUCAGCCGUGGCCCCUGGCUCACUUCCUUCCCUCAGCCGUGGCCCCUGGCCUGCAGAGAGUGCUUUCAUUAG